CUGGAAGCUGCUGUAAAAUGUCGUGAGGGCGCCUUCGCUUUACGGUCGCCUCUCCCCGAGCGAGCGCCCCGGAGCGCCCACCGCCGUCAGCUUGAGCGAGUCGGCCCGGCGCAGAGCGAGAGGCCCCGCGCUCCGCCGCCCUCCUCGUCGCGCCCUUUCCGGCCCCGGCGAUGUGAGGUCGCGGGGGUGGGCUGCGGUGCCCUCUGGCCCAGGGCUGAGACGGGCGGCAGGUGCCUGUGAGGCGGGCGGCUGCCGGGGCCGGCAGGAUGGAGGAGAGCAUGGAAGAGGAGGAGGGAGGCAGCUACGAGGCGAUGAUGGACGACCAGAACCACAACUGGGAGGCCGCCGUGGACGGCUUCCGGCAGCCCCCGCCGCCCGCGUCGCCGAUGCCGGCCCCCGCGCGGGAGCCCCCGGGCGGACACCUGCUGGCGGCGCCCGCGGUCUCCGCGGACAGGAAGGGCGCCAAGGAGGGGCUCCCGCUGGGCCCGCCGCCGCCGCCGGAGCCCAACGGGGUGAUCAUGAUGUUGAAGAGCUGCGACGCGGCCGGCGCCGUGGCCAAGGCGGCCCCCGCCCCCACGCCCAGCUCCACCAUCAACAUCAACACCUCCACCUCCAAGUUCUUAAUGAAUGUUAUAACUAUUGAAGAUUACAAGAGCACAUACUGGCCAAAAUUGGAUGGUGCCAUAGAUCAACUUUUAACCCAGAGUCCUGGUGACUACAUCCCUAUAUCCUAUGAACAGAUAUACAGUUGUGUGUAUAAAUGUGUAUGCCAGCAGCACUCAGAACAGAUGUAUAGUGAUCUGAUUAAAAAGAUAACUAAUCACUUAGAGAGAGUCUCAAAGGAGCUGCAGGCCAGCCCUCCAGAUCUGUAUAUUGAAAGAUUUAAUAUAGCGCUUGGACAGUACAUGGGAGCAUUGCAGAGCAUUGUGCCUCUUUUCAUAUACAUGAAUAAAUUUUACAUCGAAACCAAGCUUAACAGAGACCUAAAGGAUGACCUUGUGAAGCUGUUCACGGAGCACGUUGCAGAAAAGCACAUUUGCAGCCUGAUGCCUUUGCUUCUAGAAGCCCAGUCAACACCAUUUCAGGUCACACCUUCAACCAUGGCAAAUAUUGUGAAAGGCCUGUAUACGCUGAGACCAGAGUGGGUUCAGAUGGCUCCAACUCUUUUUUCUAAAUUUAUUCCCAACAUCCUCCCUCCAGCGGUGGAAUCUGAACUUUCCGAAUAUGCUGCUCAAGACCAGAAGCUGCAAAGAGAACUCAUUCAGAAUGGUUUUACAAGAGGUGACCAGUCCCGGAAGAGAGCUGGGGACGAGUUGGCCUAUAACAGCUCGUCAGCAUGUGCAAGUUCCCGGGGGUACAGAUAGUGAUGGCCGUGAAUGUUCUUCCCUCCUGAAAAGAGGACACACUGGAGACUGUAUUCAGAGCACAGCAGAGCCUGCGACACUCCGGAGCUCGGGCACAACGCUGUUCCUGGAAGAGGAUGCUGGACUUCUUACUUUGGUUUGCAAUUUUAAAUAACAAAAAAACUAACAAAAAGCAAAAACAUAAAAACACUUGCUGCUAGACUUGGGGGUGAUUUUGAAAUGGGACAAUCUUUUAAUGAGUUUACUACAGAGUCUGUAAGUAGCAAGAUCUUGGAAAGUGACCCUUGCUAAGUGAAAUCUGACAGCCAAAUUCUGUAGCUUCCUCCAAAAAUAUGAGCGGAAGAAUCUUUUUUUUUUUUUUUUAGCACUUGUUUUGUUCAUGUGUGGAUUUGGCAUUUCGGCAGAUUGAUUUCCCAUGUCAGGAUACCUUUUGCUUUAAAACCAAACAGGUCAUUACAAUACAGUAUUUUUCACCCAUAACCAAAACAACUGCCUUUAAAAGAGUUGGUCUUUGUUUAGCGUUAGAAAGUCUCGUAAGAGGAAAAUGCUAACUCUGCUUCCCCCCCAUCAGGUCACAGUUUUUUCCUACUCUGUGCCUUGAGCUUUGUGCACUUUGCAACUGCGUGACCAUGUUGUCACGCUUCCUGGAGAAGUUCUGGUGUCCCAGACAAACCCACCAACUCGUCAAGUGAGACUGUGGCAAGAUGCUCUUUCAGUGGGAGGAGGGAGGGGUGUUCCGCAGUGGGCAGGCUUCCCAGUGCUUCGCCAGGACAUGCUCGUGUUGCUGUGGGGACCAACUCGUGUAGAGCAUCUCCAUUCCCUCUGUCAGCAGGAUUUCAUUCGCUGCUGCUGUGGUGUUGGCCGUACUCUAGUCUGGGGGGAUGGGGCUCCAUGAAAGCUCCCCUCUUAAUAUUGUUGAGAAUUCUCCAACUGUAAGAGCCAUUUCCUGCGAUCUGUGGGAAGCAGAAAUAGUUACCAAAUCCAAAUAUAACCGGCGGUGGGGGGCUCCUGCCCAUUUGUAUUUUAAAUGGGUGACGUAAGUAUGGAGUCUGCAGCCUGCGUCUUUCCUGUGUUGUGUGGAGUGUACAGGGAAGAAGCAGCACUGCUGUUCAGGGCCGCCUUCCAGCUGUGGCAACGCUGUCCUCUGUUCCCCACGCUCAGUGCUAUUCCAGUCUUCCCAAAGGUCUCUGAGGCUUGUUCUAGUGCUUUUUGAAAGACAAAGGAAAAUGGAAAGACGUGGAAAGGGAGAAAGAUGCUGUUCUCAGUGUUUUUGACUCUAAGUUGAACACGGGCUUCACUCCUGUGGGCUACAUCAGACUAGUAGUAUUGACCUCUUGAGGGAGCUUGGAACGAGGGUGGGUGUCACCGGGGGCACUGUCAACACUUGAGACUGUGGGUUGUUCACAGACCUGCCUCUGUCCACUCAGUGUGGUGUUCUUUGGGAGGUGGCGCAGUGAGAGAAUUAGAACUGGGAUAUUGGAAAGAAAUGGGUCCUCUAAUAAUAGAAAGCCUUGAUUUGUGAAAUGACCACACAGAAAAGCCACGGUGAAGGUUGUCCGAUGUACGUGCUUACAACCAGAGUUGGUGGAGUUUGUGGAAGACUUGAAUUGUACUCAAGUAUGUGAGCGUCUUGGAUUGUUCUGAUGGACACUGAAUUACUUGGAGAACACAGACAGGUUCUCACUGUCACCGGUUCAGCUUGAUUUGCUGCACCAGUAACAUCCUGGUAUGGAGGAGGUGUUCCAUUUUAUCAUGAAGUCCAAAUUUUACUUUCUCAGUGGAAGGCUUGCUGCAGACUUAGAAAUAGCACCCGAACGGAAUUCUCUCCUGAGUGAAUAUUGUUCUGAAAGAAGUAAGUGGGAAUGUUUCUGUGAGUGUAGAUGAAUCCUUCAGUAUGUUCAUACCCAAAUGCUUUUUUCUGGGAGAGAGCAUUCUUUUUUUUGGCCAAUAACAGAAGAACUUUCCCUAUAAGGCAUUGUAUUAUAUGAACUGGCAUUAAAAUCUUUGGAUGUUUUUGCAUCAAGUGAAUAGAGAAAUAUGUUCUUUUUAUUGUUUGUAUUAACAAAAAGUAGACAAUGUACGGUUUGCAAAAUUUAACUUUUCUAAGUGUUUGCACAGUGGCUAUGAGAAGAGUUGUGGCUUGGUCCCACAAAGCUGUGGUUGGAAGGCACCUCUCCCUGCACUGUGUCACUCCUGACCCCACGAGGUACUUGACAGUAUAAAGAGCCCAUUUUUUAAAAAAAAUUAUUUUAAAUUGAAAAUGACCUUGCUUAUUUAUUGGGUUUCUUGGUAAAAUUCUUAGUUUAUAACAUGAAGAGAUGAAAUUGCGUCCCCAGUUGCAUUGACGGAGCACUGUUUGCCAGAGGUGUUGUGUUCCCGUGUUGACUUGUGUUCUUGUUGCCAGCACGGUAGGCAGUUACCCAUUCCCGUUAGAUGCUGGCUUCUGUAUGCAAUCAUUGAAGGUCUAGAUUAUUGAAGCCAAAAAAUUGUGCAUGCAAGUUGACACAUGUAAUUGAUUUGGCUGAAUUGACUGAUCUAUGUAUGUGCAACCUGAAACGGAACUGUUCAGAAGAAAACCAGGUCAGUCCUCAUGAAGUAAUGACACAUGGAAUGCUUGUUUGAGAGAUGGUAUGAAUUUUAAAGGUUGGCCUUAAGCUUCAGCCGUGGUGUCGUCUCAUGACCUCUGCUGUCACAGCUGUACCCAACCCGACAGGAAUUCCUGGAAGCAAACCCUGUUGGGACUCUUAGUCCGACAGUUUGCAGGCAGGGUUAAUGGUAACAAACACAAAAGCCUGGACUCAUGUGUUGCGCACUAUUUUGUGGCAAAUUUAUUUCCAUCCCUUUUAAAGUUUGCAGCGGUUACACUCCCUCCAUGUGGGGUCUAGGACGAAUAUUAAUGUGUGGACAGAUGAGAUUGCAGGAGAAUGAUGUCUGGGCCAUGAACGCUGCCUCGCGUUGCCAGUGGUCACACCUGUCCCUCCCCCUGCGGCACACCAGGCUUUCUCUCCAGUUGCAGGUUUGCACACAUAAGUAGUUCCUCAGGAAGAGUUUGCACUUGGAUCACCUUGCAGUGUUUGUACUGACCGAACAAGGGAUCUGAAGGUUUUUCAGCACAAAAGGAUGACUGCAGAGCUGUGGUCUGUACACCUACUAGCAGAGGUAAUGGUGAUCUGGCAAGCAAAAUUGGUUUCUGCAAUUAUAGAGUGAGCAGGAGCACUUGUAGCAUAGUAUUUAAAUAAUUCUGUUUAAUCUCCCUGUAAACGACCACCCUUCCAGAGUUUGUUUCCUUACUGAGGCUGACUGUAUUUUCUUCUUCUUCUUCUCCUUCCCCUCCCCCCGCCAUCGUGGCAGUUAAUUAUUUUUAUGAUUAUUAUGCAGGAGGCAUUGCCCUUGAGCUAAAUGCUUAAUCAGCUAUUAUUAAAGUGAUGGAGUAUUGUUUUAUGAAUAUACACUAAUCUGAGAAAUUAAAAAACUUUAUAACUAAAAAGCAAAACAAAAAAACCUAUGUUAGCUAUCCACUCAUUGUUCUGGGUGUUUGAUGUGAUUUUUUUUAAUGGUGUCUCAUUGAGCUUUUUAGGAAUUUUUGUUUUAAUCCAAGUCUAGGCCUCUUAAGGGGACUUCAGAAUUCAAGGUUAGGAUGUGAGUCCUUGGCUGACACCUCUGAGAGAUUUCCAGGACCUUUCUGGUUGUGAUUACGGUUUUCAGUAAACUUGCAGGAGGUGAAGUUGCCUUUUCUCAGAGGUUAGAAUGAGGUCAUGAGAGCUGGUGCAGAAAUGCCUUCUUGUUAAAUUUCCUGUUGAAAUUUGCCUUCGUUUUUGGCCACCAGAGUUUGUGAAAGGAGCCCUGUUUGUUUCCAAGGGAAGUGAUUCCUCUUCUGUCCCCACUGUUCAUCACAGCCACCGACACCUUCCCUCCUCCGCUAGCCGAGAGAGACCUGUCAGGAUCCCUUUGCAGAGCUGAGUGGCCCCGGUGCAUCUACCAUUUGUGCUUAUGUGGAUGGAGUGGCCUCGGGAGAGCUCACCAGACUCCAUUCCUACAACCUUCCCUGCUGGUUGGAAGUUAUCUUCAUUUCUGGUUGGACUUGCAUUGUUUAGAAACAUGUUAAUGGCUUACUUCUGGAAAAUUUAUAGUGUGGCUCUGGGGUUAAGAAUUCUGUGGUUUGGAAAAAAAUAAAUAUUUUUUAUUGAUUCUCACAUGUCAUUUCCAUGUUGUGACUAUGUACUAAAUACAAUAAGACUGUGGGUAUAUUCUCUUUGGAGGGUGUUUUCUUGUUUGUUUUUUUCUUUUCCAAAGAUGUAUGUAUUUGUUUGAAAGGCAGAGAGAGAGAGAGGUCUUCCAUCUGCUGGCUCACUCCCCAGAUGGCCACAGUGGCCAGGAGCCUGGAGAUUUUUUUAGAGAGGGUGGUAAACUUCUCUCAGUAGUCCCGUUUGUCAGUAUGACAGCUAUGCCAUGAGGAGAAGUAAUUUAAAUGUGCAGUUGUAGGGCGCUGCAGCUGGAAGUGGGAUGUGCAGUUGUAGGGCGCUGCAGCUGGAAGUGGGAUGUGCAGUUGUAGGGCGCUGCAGCUGGAAGUGGGAUGUGCAGUUGUAGGGCGCUGCAGCUGGAAGUGGGAUGUGCAGUUGUAGGGCGCUGCAGCUGGAAGUGGGAUGUGCAGUUGUAGGGCGCUGCAGCUGGAAGUGGGAUGUGCAGUUGUAGGGCGCUGCAGCUGGAAGUGGGAUGUUUUUGAAUGAUUUGGAGAUCAAAUGCAGGCAAGAGGCUUUGCCACCCAUCAGCACGGCCAGGACAAGGGCGAAGCAGUGAAGUCUGAUCCCGGGGUGUGUGUGUCACAGGCCUGGGGAGCUCAGAACAGGUGUUCUCAACAUCUGCUCCUCACUCAGACAAGAAGAAAACAAAAUGGUGGAUGAAACUCUCACUGACCUGGGGUACAAGCCACUGGCUUUGGCUCUGACCUCUGGCUCUUGGUAGAUUUUCAAUCACGCCUUCUGUCACUCUGAAACAUUGGGGGUAAGGAAAUAAAUCUUGUCUGGAUGUCCUUGGCCUUGCUAUAUUGUAAGUCGUGUCCGUGGCCUUGAUCCAUGGUUCACUGGAGCUUUGUUAGAAUACAGAACAUUGGAUGUAUUUGGGAUGUUUCCUAAAUGAUAGCCACACUCUGUCACCGCAGUCGGUCAGGCUGCGUCCAUCUUGACCUCUGGUAGUGAUGAAAGCAGGCUGUGUGUGUGUAGCCAUAUAUGGAGUUACGUAGCCUAUCGACAUACACAGUGUAUAUACAUAGAUAUUCAAAUAUGUAAUUUCUCUUUUUAAACUGGUAUAAUUUUUUUAAUAGUCCUUUAGUCAAAACUGUCCAAUGUGGGGUUUUUGCAUUGAUUGUACUGUGCCUUUUCUGUAACUCUUUGUGUUUUCUUGCUGUGAAAUUAGUAAUAUACCCUAGUUUUUAAAAACCUUAUUUGACAAUUUCACUUUCUCUUGCUGUUUCUUUAGAUGUGUCCUUUCCUAGAGUGUUCUCGAAGGCCAAUUCUCACCACCAACCACCCCCCACACACACACACACUUUUUUUUUUUUUUUAACCUAAAUGCUCUGUUGUGAUAAUGUCUCCAUUUUGGUGGCCACAGACAGCACCAAGCAGGGACUUUGUCUUUUCUUUUGCUUAGCAUUUAAAUCACCCUCUCUUUUUGCCCCAGCCAGGAAGGGUGCUGUUUAAACAUUGCCCCAUCUUUUAGCAAGUCUUUUCUGUUUUUCACUGUGCACAGAACGCUUUGCUAAAACCACUCUGUGUGUGUGUGUGUGCAUUUGUUCCAUCUACUGUCCUUUCUCUUAGUAACCCAAAUUCUAAAACAGGUAGGAGUGUCACACACGAAACCUGAGAGCAGAGCUUUGUCUCAGCUCAAGUAGCCGUGUGUCUUGAGUAGCUUUUUUUAAUGUCUCCCAGUGUUUCCCUGUAUUAAUGUUAAGCCCUCCUUCCCCCAGUUACUCAUGAUAGAGAACCAGAAGGUUGUGACAGUUCCAAGUACUGCCCCUGAGUGUCUAAUAAUAUACCUCAGUAUAUAUAAAUAAAGAAUGGACAGAACAAUUUAUAUAUAUAUAUCAAUAUUAUGAGCAUUUUCAGUAUACCUAUCUAUAAUUAAUAGGUCAGGCUGAAGAUCAAAUUAUUAAAACUGUUAGGGACAUAGAUUAAAGUAGUACGGUUAAUCACUUUAGUCUGGUGGAUCUAGUACAUGAGGGAGUGUGUACAAAGAUAACACCUUGUACCUAUCAGUAGGGAAACAAGCAUUAUUUGCAAACCAAGUCUAACAAUGUAUUUGAAAUAUAGCAGGUGAUAACCAAAUCAGAUUUAUUAUAGGAGUGCUAGGUUUGUCUAUCAAUAGAAAAUCAAUAAUAUGACUCCUGUUAAUGGACAAAAUUUUCAGAUUAUCUGUGAAAAGCUAAAGAAUGUAUAAGGCAAAUUAGAAAAUGUAGUUUAUCAGAGUUGCUGGGACGAAAGUCAGUGUGCAAAUGUCAGCUUCACUCUCAUGUGCCGGCUACAAGCAGUAAUGAGUUUAAAGUUUAAUAAGAAAUAUCAUUUACAGUAGGAAAAGGAAGCAAAGUAUAUAAGAAUAAAUCUUAAUAAAAAGUUUUAGCCUUUAAUAAGGAGACAGUUUAAAAAACCAAAACUUUAUAGACCUAAAUAAAUGGAGAGGAUGUU